CACUGACAGCUCGCAGUUUCCAGUAGUCAAUGUACGACUUACGAAUGACGUUAACUUGUAUAUAAAUAUGUAUCAUUUUGCUACCACCGAUUCUUUGUACGUUUAAUAUAAUUAACUAUAAGUUAAAUUUAUUAUACAGUGACACAAAUAUAAAUAAAUAUAUAACAAAAAUAUUUAUAUUUGAGUUUUGUUAUCAUCAGUAGUGCGUUCAACUUUUAGAAGUAUCAUAAAAUUUUUUUGUUUGUUUUCACUAUUUUGUAGUUGUUUUAUUUGUUAACAAUGUCAUCGCCAACGCAAGUGUUAAAAAGCAUAGGACCAAAAUUAGUACCAUUUUUCAAGAGUGCUUGCGUAUAUUUUGUUUUACUAGCAGAACAACCGUCAUUACUUACAGCUUGUUUCAAAUGCUUACCAAUAAUAAGUCUAAUUUUUUUUGUAUUACUACACGGUAUGAAUUUAUCUGAUGAGUAUAAAUUUUCCCGAAGAAUAUUGACAGGAUUAAUAUUUAGUUGUCUAGGAGAUGCUUUAAUUGUCUGGCCAAAUUUAUUUGUCGCCGGUAUGUCAAUGUUUGCUAUUGCACAGAUCAUGUAUAUAACUGCAUUUGGUUUUGUACCGUUGAAUUCAACGUUAGGGGCAAUGAUUUAUGCUCUUUGUACUAUAGUUAUUUAUAUACUAAUGCCAGGAUUAAAUGGCAUAUUAGCAAUUGGUGUGCCAAUAUAUACAACACUAUUGGGUACAAUGGCAUGGCGUGCAAUAUCACGUGUCCGUUAUUUUAAGGAACCAUGGACAUGGACGCAAUUAUGUAGUUGUAUUGGGAGCAUAUUCUUUUUAAUAUCAGAUACUUUGUUGGGUUUCCAUCACUUUUAUCAUCCAGUCCCUUAUGCAACGGUAUCAAUAAUGCUGACCUACUACGCAGCGCAAUUGGGUAUCGCAUUGAGUGCCGUUAAUUCAAAAGAAAGUACCAAAACUCCGGUAGCUAUUAAAUAAAUAUACGUAACUAUUAAUAAUAACCAUACCAAACAAUAACAACAAUAAUUAUCAUAAAUAUAUGUAUGAGUUUUCAAUACCCAUAAUGAAAUAAAUUUAUAUUAGAAAUAAAUUAGAAUUUCAUUUUUUAGAUUGUUAGCGUGCAAUAGUUUUCUUUACUUUAAAUUUUAUCAAAGUAAUUGUUGUCAUUAAAUAUCAUUAUUCUACUUACUAAUUACUGCCCGGGAAAAAAUCACCAUGCAUGAUCAUGUAUGAUCAUGCAGGAUUCAUGCAUGAUUCGUUCCUGAUCGUGCAUGAUUCAUGCAUAAUUCAGGCUUGAUCCUGCAUGACUCAUUCAUGGCCAGGCAUGACUCAUUCUUGAUCAAGCAUGAUCAUGCAUGACUCAUUCUAGAUCAAGCUUGCGCAUGCAUUAAGUUUGAAAUAAUUGUAUCCAGAGAUAUUAUCCAUCAGGAAAGGUCAUGUUUGAGCAUGCUCUAUUAUGCAUGACCAUGCAUGGUUCAUACUUGAUCAUGCAUAACUCAUUCAUGGCCAGACAUGAUUCAUUGGUGAUCAAGCAUGAUCAUGCAUGGCUCAUUCUAGAUUAGACUUGCUCAUAACUUACGUUAUGAAUAAUUGUCUACAGAGAUAUUAUUUAUCAGGAAAGGUCAUGAUUGAGCAUGCUCUGUCAUGCAUGACCAUGCAUGGUUCAUACUUGAUCAUGAAUAACUCAUUCAUGGCCAGACAUGACUCAUUGGUGAUCAAGCAUGAUCAUGCAUGACUCAUUCUAGAUUAGACUUGCUCAUAACUUACGUUAUGAAUAAUUGUCUAUAGAGAUAUUAUUUAUCAGGAAAGGUCAUGAUUGAGCAUGCUCUGUUAUGCAUGACCAUACAUGGUUCAUACUUGAUCAUGUAUAACUCAUUUGUGAUCAAGCAUGAUCAUGCAUGAUUCAUUUUAGAUCAGGCUUGCUAACGACUUACGUUAGAAAUCAUUGUAUCUCGAGUUUUUUAUAUAUAGUGGAAACCCAUUUGAAUAUAGUGAAAACCUAAACAUGCAAACCUCUCAAUAAGACAAUUUAUAGAUAAAUUGAGAAUAAUAUAGAUAGCCCGAACUGGGAAUCGAACCCAGACCAAUUCGGUAUCGCGCCGAGUGCUCUACCAGUUGAGCUAUCCGGCACUAUACUAUAUUCCAUUCAAUUUGAUCUAUAACUUAUUGAGCCACACCGUCCAUCGUACGGUAAUACACCAUUUAAAUAUAGUGGAAAACUAAACAUAUUAAUGGUUAAAUAAAUAAAAAAACAAUUUGUAUUCAUAAAUUUUAAUUGUUUAAUGCAUUAAGUGAAUAAUAUGUUAAAAACAGUUUUUAAUGAAAGUUCAAAAUAAAAGAACCAAUGAAAAUUGAUAAAUUACUCUCUAUCAUUUGUAUAGUACGAUUAAUUAUAUACCUUAGUUUCUAAUACUUACAGCAACAUCUUUCAAAUAAAUAAGCUAUGGGAAUGCAUGUGCAUGCAUAAUAACGCGUGCUCAUGUAUGGGAAUGCCUGAUCGUAUUUUUCAUAAGCAGCCAAUAUUUAAAUACGACCAAACGUGCUCGAGAGCAAUCACAGAUUAUAAAAUCAUAUGCCUGCUGAGGGAAGAUCAUGCAUGAUAAUGUAUGGUUAUGCAUGAUAAUGUAUGGUCAUGCAUGAUCAUGCCUGGCCAAAAUUCAGGUCUGAUCAUGCAUGACUGGGCACGAUCAUGACUUCUCAGGCAGAAUCAUGCAUGAUCAUGACUGCUCAGGCAAAAUCAUGCCUGUUCAUGUCUGGCCAAAAUUCAGGCCUGAUCAUGCAUGAGAUUUAAGCCUGCUCAGGCAUGAUCAUGCAUGCUGAUUUUUUCCCGGGUGUUUGUUGUCGAGUUUAUGUAAGGACAAGUUUAAAUAUAUAAUAGACAUAUAAAAAAUAAAUUUAUAUAUUUUUAUGUAGUAAAUUCUACAUUUAGAUUGAAAGUAUUCAUAAAUUUUGAGUGUUAUAUUAGUGUGAUAUUAAAUUUUAUUGGUGUGAUCAUUAAUUACAAUGGGAACCGCAAUAGUUUUUUGGGUUAGAAAUAAAAUAGUAUCUUACAUAACUAGUGCCAUCGAACAUAAUACUCGAGGUCGGGUUAAGGAAACACGGGCGCCAGGGAGUCCCUGCUCUGCUUAGAAAAUCCGAUAGAUUUUUACAGCUCUAUGUGUAACGCCCUAUACUUAACUAUAGCACUUCUCAUAGAACUCAUUCAUUCUUAUAAAAUCUCUAUGGGAAUGUGUGAGAAUCUGUUGGAUUCUAUGAGAUUUUUGUAACAGGGUGGUGGAUCCAAAUUACAGUAAAUUACCGUAAUUUACGGUUUUCGGAAUAUUUAAAGUAAAAUAUGGCAUUUAACCGCAAAUUACUACAAAUUUUAUAGAAAUUUGCGGUGAACCUGCGUUAUUUUACGGUACAAGAGCGGUAUUUUACCGCAAAUUUGUAGAACUACUGCAAAAUUACGGCAUUUUGCCGUAAAGUGAAGUAUUUCACUGUGUUACGGUAAAAAUACCACAAAUUGCAGUAAAUUACUGUAAUCUGCCGUAGAAAGCGGCAAAUUUGCAGGAAAUACAAUAAUUUACCGUAAUUCGGAUCCGCUAGAUAUUUUACUGUAAUCCCUAGCGGAUCCGAAUUACGGUAAAUACAUUGAUUUACCGUAAUUUGCCGUAAUUUACGGUGCCUAGCAGAAUUACCGUAAAUUACGGUAAUCUACCGUAAAUUGCAGUAAUCUACGGCAAAUUACGGUAAAUUGCCGUAAUUUACCGUAAUUUUACGGCACCUAGCAGCAUUACCGUAAAUUACGGCAAUUUACCGUAAUUUGCCGUAGAUUACCGUAAUUUACGGUAAUUCUGCUAGACACCGUCAAUUACGGCAAAUUGCGGUAAAUUACGGUAAAUCAAUGUAUUUACCGUAAUUCGGAUCCACUAGGGAUACUAAAGUAUUAAAUUGUGUUACGGUAAAAACACUAAUUGCUGUAAUUUACCGCAUUUUUACCGUAGUUUGUCGCAAAUAACCGUAACAUAGGUUAAUUUGCAGUAAAAUACGUUAUUUUGCGGUGAACUACGGAAAUUUACCGUAAUUCGGAUUCGCUAGGAGUGUUAUCAACCGAACGAGAAUAUUAUACUCGUCGUCACUAGGCGUCCCCGAUGUUUUAUAUAAUGAAUGCUCAAAAUAAAAAAGCCGUUAAAUUCCUAAAGAUAGCGUCAUGCAGUCACAAUUAUUAUUAUGAUUUGUCUCUAUAAAAAUCAAUGUAUUAUUUAUGUUGUUCAGUUUGUUUAUUAAAUUUCAAAAAAAAUUACUAAACUGUUUAUUAAUUUAAUUAUUGAAAAUUGAAUGAAAUAUCUAUCUAUUUAAUCAAAAUUAAAAUCAUAUUGAUAAUUUAUCGUUUUAUUAGUCAGCAAACAUUAAUUCUAACCUAAUAAAAAGACGACGAUCUAAAAUCGUUUGACGAUAAAUUUAGGGCGCAUGUGCCAUGUACAGAAUUUUUUUUGCUAGCGAUGUAGCUUCGAGUAAAGGCGAAUACACACCGGUAACCUAUCUUUUAUGUUUCGAUAACUUGGUCUACAAAGUGGGGAUAUGUCACGCCCAUUUCUGUAAAAUUUCGAGGCGAGGGGAUGCACGAGUGCUUGAAGAAAAAUUAAACACUGCAUCCGACCAAUCAGAAAUGAUUACUGUACCUCUAGCAGACCUGAUUUACCGUUAAUCUACCGUAGAAUACCGUAAAAUUCGAGUAGAUUUACCGUACAUUACGGUAAACCCACCGUAAAUUACGGUAAAACUGCCGUAAAUUACGGUAAAUCGGUACUCAACGGUGGAUUACCGUAAAUUACGGCGGGUAUACCGUAAAUUUACCGUCGAAUACGAUAAAUCUACCGUAAAAAAUUCGGGUGGAUUACCGAAUUACCGUAUUUCCGUAUUUUGCGGUAAAUCCACCGUAAAUUACGGUAAAUCCACCGUAAUUUACAGUAAAUCCACCGUAAUUUACGGUAAAUCGGCAUUAUACGGUGGAUUACCGUAAUUUACGGUGGGUUUACCGUAAUUUACCGUAAUUUGGGUCCGUUAGGGGUACGUGUAAAUUAAAAAAUUUACGAGGCUGAAGUAAGGCAUUUAAAAGCGUUUAUUUAGAGCAUGUAUUAUAUAAAAAAAUUUUUACUCAACUGCUGCUUAUUUUUUGAAUGAGUACUUAGAGAAAUCAAAAAAUAGUGAAUAAAAUUGUUCUCGUUUUUUCACAUUUUUGAAGGUUGGAUAGUAAAAAUUUUUUUGUAACCACACUUUCAUAUGAUCGUUUUUUUUAUAAAAAAAAUACUGACGGUUCCCAUAAUAACCCAUAGUCGUUUUAAAAACUUUAUUUUUAAAAAAUAUGACGAUUAAAAUUUUGAAAAUAUUUUGUUUUUACUGAUUAGACUAACAGGUGUCAUAUAUAAAUUGAUACUGCCAAAAAUAACCAAGUAUUUGAUAAAUAUAAAGAAAAAAUUUUCUAAUUGUUAUAGAAAUCAAUAGACAUAUUCUUAUAAUUUUUUAAUUUUCUCUUUAAAUCGAUAUAGACUAGUUGUUACAUUAUUCUCAAUUUAUCAACUCAUAUAUAUUUGUAAAGAAAAUAAGAUAAAAUAGUACAUAGAUGGUAAAGUAUAGAUAGUAAACAUUUAAUAGUGAUAUUGAGGGAUAAGAUUGAUUUGGAAAAUGUGAUUUCGUUAAUAAAUAACAAAGAAAAAUUAUCAUUAUUUUUAAUUUCAAAAGCUAGAGAGAACCAAUAAAAUUUACGAUAGAACCUGUGAUUUCUCAUAAGGCUCAUAAACACAUUUUGAUAAAUUUUAUAGACUGAUAAAGGCUUGAGAACUGAAUCGAGUAUGUAUUUAUUUUUAUUUUUACUGAUUAAUGAUUAAAUAUCGACAUAAUAAUUAAUUUAAUACAUUAAUAAAAUUACUAUCAAUUAUUAUUAUUAUCUAUACACAGAAAAAAAAAUUUCUUGUCCGGAGAAACAUUUUGCAUAAUAAACCCUCAGUAAAACCUCCGAUUGAAUCGGAUCGAAAUCUAAUCGAAUUUCUAUCAGAUUCAAUCGGAAAAUAAUCAUUUCUAUAUUCGAUUAACUUUCGAUCGGAUUCAUUUGUAACUUUCCGAUUAAAUUCGAUCAAAACUGAUUUAAAGUGAAAUCGGAAAUUUACCGUUAGAAUUUUCUAAUCGGAUUCAAUCGGAGUUUUUAAUCAGGGAAAUGAAAACAAAAAUUUUUUAGGACUAGAAAAAAUUUCCUGGCGCAAAAAAUUUUUUCUUGCUCUAAGAAAAUUUUCCUUUUAAUUUCAUAAUGCAAAAACUUUCUUGGGACAAGUAAAAAUUUUAUUGAGGCGAGUAAAAAUUUUUUUUUCUGUGUACAAUAAAAUGUUAAUUUAUAAAUUGUAGCGUGUUGAUUGUGAAUCAUUUUUAUCGUGUUGAUAAAAUGUUGAAUUACUGUAUCUUUAAUAAAUAAAUUUUUGAAAUUUA